AUUUUUUUUCCAGAUAUGGAGUUGAGGAGUGAGACCACAAAGGCAACUCCAAAAGAAAACAUUACAGGAGAAGAAUCAUCCCAUGGGGUAAAAGUAGAAAGACUCAUGUGGUCUGAUCUUUGCUAUUCUACUUUUAGGGAAAUUGGGAAAAGUGAGAGUCAGAAAAAAAGACAGCAGAUAAAACCGGGGAAUAACGUAAGAAAAAUGACUAAACAGCAACAGAUCCUUACUGGAGACAACUGUUGUAAAUAUAACGAAUGUGGUAAAGCCUUCAGUCAACACUCAAAUCUUACAGAACAUAAGAAGAUCCCUAGUGGAGAGAAACCUUUUAAAUGUAAUGAAUGUGAGGGAGCCUUCACUUGCAUCUCAAGACUUAAUCGACAUCAGAAGAUUCAUACUGGAGAGAAGCCUUAUAAAUGUAAUGAAUGUGAGAAGACCUUCAUUCAGAGUUCAAAUCUUAUUCGACACCAGAUGGUUCAUACCGGAGAAAAGCUUUUUAAAUGUAAUAAAUGUGGGAAAGCAUUCACUCGAAAUUCAAGACUUAUUCGACAUCAGAAGGUUCAUAUUGAAGAGAAACCUUACGUAUGCGAUGAGUGCGGAAAAGCAUUCAUUCAGAGCUCAAAUCUUACUCGACAUCAGAAGAUUCAUACUGGAGAGAAGCCGUAUAAAUGUAACGAAUGUGGGAAAGUAUUCACUCGCAAGUCAAGACUUAUUCGACAUCAGAAGAUUCAUACCGGGGAGAAGCCGUAUAAAUGUAAUGAGUGUGGGAAAACCUUCAUCCAGAGCUCGAAUCUUAUCAGACAUCAGGUGAUUCAUACUGGAGAGAAGCCUUACACAUGUAAUGAAUGUGGGAAAGCCUUCAUUCAGAGUUCAAAGCUUGUUAGGCAUAAGAUGGUCCAUACUCGAGAAAAGCAUUACAAGUGGAACAAAUGUGGGAAAGCCUUCAGUCAGGGCUCAACCCGCAUUAUGCAUCAGAUGAUUCAUAUUGGAGAGACACCUUAUAAAUGUAGUGAAUUUGGGAAAGCCUUUGGUCAAUGCUCAAACUUGACGGAACAUAAGAAGAUCCCUAGUGGAGAGAAACUUUUUAAAUGUAACGAAUGUGAGAGAGCCUUCACUUGCAUCUCAAGACUUAAUCGACAUCAGAAGAUUCACACUGGAGAGAAGCCUUAUAAGUGUAAUGAAUGUGGGAAAACCUUCAAUCAGAGCUCAAAUCUUAUUCGACACCAGAUGAUUCAUUCGGGAGAGAAGCUUUACAAAUGUAAUGAAUGUGGGAAAGCCUUUACUCGCAAGUCAAGACUUAUUCGACAUCAGAAGAAUCACACCGGAGAGAAACCUUACAAAUGUGAUGAGUGUGGGAAAACUUUCAUUCAGAGUUCAAAUCUCAUUCGCCAUCAGAUGAUUCAUAUUGGAGAAAAGCCUUAUAAAUGUAACGAAUGCGGGAAAGCCUUCAUUCGAAAGUCUCACAUGAUUCUACAUCAGAGGACACAUAUUAGAGAGAAGCCUUAUAAAUGUAACGAAUGUGGGAAAGCGUUUAUUCAGAGCUCAGACCUUGAUAAGCACUGGAGGAUUCAUACUGGAGACACACCUUAUAAAUGUAAUGAAUGUGGUAAACCUUUCAUUACAAACUCAUCCCUGGUUAGACACCAGCGGAUUCAUACUGGGCAGAAACUUUAUAAAUGUAAAGAAUGUGGGAAAACGUUCACUCGCAAGUCAAGAAUUAUUCGACAUCAGAAGAUUCAUACUGGGGAGAAGCCGUAUAAAUGUGAUGAGUGUGGGAAAGCUUUCAUGGAGAGCUCAACUCUUAUUUUACAUCAGAGAAUUCAUACUAAAGAGAAGCCUUAUAAAUGUAAUGAAUGUGGGAAAGCUUUCACUCAAAAUUCAACACUUGUAAUGCACCAGAGAAUUCACACUGGAGAGAAGCCUUAUAAAUGUAAUGAGUGUGGGAAAGCUUUCAGUCAGAGCUCAAAUCUUAUUGUACAUCAGAAGACUCAUAUUGGAGAGAAGCCUUAUAAAUGUAACGAAUGUGGGAAAUCCUUCACUCAAAAUUCAACUCUUGUUAAGCACCAGAGAAUCCAUACUGGAGAGAAACCCUAUAGAUGUGAGGAGUGUGGGAGAGCCUUCACUCAGUACUCGACCCUUCUCAAGCACCAGAGAGUUCAUAAUGGAGAGAAGCCUUAUAAAUGUUUUGAAUGUGGGAAAGGCUUCAGUGAAAGUUCAACUCUUAUCAUCCAUCAGAUAAUUCAUACUGGAGAGAAGUCUUACAAAUGCAACGAGUGUGGGAAAUCCUUCAUUCAGAGCUCAAACCUUAUCGUACAUCAGAAGAUCCAUACUGGAGAGAAGCCUUAUAAAUGUAAAGAAUGUGGGAAAGCCUUCACGCAAAGCUCGGACCUUUUCAAACACCACAGAAUUCAUACUGGAGAGAAGCCUUACAAAUGUGAUGAAUGUGGGAAAGCUUUCAUUCAGAGUUCAUUGCUUAUUAGGCAUAAGAUGAUUCACACUGGAGAGAAGCCUUAUAAAUGCAAUGAAUGUGGGAAAGCCUUCAGUCGGAGUUCAAACCUCAUUGUACAUCAGAAGAUUCAUUCUGGAGAGAAACAUCUUGUAAAAAAUAUGGAAAAGCCUUCUUGUGAUAUUAAGGAAGAAAAAAUUCCCACUGAUGAAGAACCUUUUUAAUGUACCUGGUUUAAGAAACACUUCUGUGACAUAACAACCAGCAUAUAACAUUGGAAGUUGAAGAACGAAAAGGCAUUUGUUAAAAAUUUAUUCAAGUCAAGUAUUGAACUAAUUGUUGAGUCUUCAAGUAAUAAAAGACGAUACUUCCUACUCUUUAGUUUAAUUUAGAGAGACAGCAUAUUCACAUUCAAUCAGCUGCAAGAUUGGGGGGAAGCACAACAUCUUAAGGGUUCAAAUAUAAGGUCAAUGGCAAUAUCCAUCAAUCCUUAGUAUCUAGGUUUCUGUCCAACAGGGACUGCCCAUCAUAAUUAGGGCUGGGGAAAGUAAAAUUAAGGAUCUGAGGGGAAGUAUAGAUUUUCUUUGGGAGGGGAUUGGCAUUUAAGGUCUUGUCAGAAAUGGAAAGCUGGAAGGGCUAUUGACAAAAAAUAGAGGGAAGAUGUGUGUGGAGAAGAGAAACUGAGAUCCCAGUGGACACCAGUUGCCACUGGACCUUCUAGUCAAUCCUGCAUGAAAUCUGAAAUGACUUGCCAAUGCCAAGAGAAAGCUAUCAUCUCAUGCAGGAUUAAAUUCUUGGUAAUGUAAUAAAUGUCUGAAAGCUUUCCAAGUCUUUUCCUGUAGAAAUUCUCCUUCCAAUUUUUCAUUUGACUUUCUGGAUUUCAACACCAUGCCUCACUUUGACUCCCAAUACAGAAACUCUUUCAGUACCUGUAAUCUCCUCAAGAAGAUCCCUUUUGACUUUCUUCCUAACCCUAUCCUUAUUCCUGACCCUUUCUCCCAUUAGUGA